AAUGUGUUGUUUCGUGCUGCAUUAUAGCUGACCAUACCUUGCGGCUUCUGCAUCAGGCGCCAUGGCAUUGCUUACUCCUCCUUGCUUGCCUCCUUGUCGCCACCUGCAGCCAACCUAGGCCCGCUGCGUUCGCCGACCGAAAAAUGGGAUAUGGUUUAGCGACUGAAGGUGUUACGUUGUUACAAGCAAUAGCCGAGCACUAAUGACGUCCAGCACUACAUUGAAUUAUUCUUAUAAUUCGCGAAAAUAAAUCAGAAACGCGAGAGCCAGGGCGUUCAUGGCGUCGCCCGGCCGUCUCUGGCUCGGGUCGUGGGCUCGAUUCCUAUUGGGCCAGCGUCUCGCGCCGUACGUCCCCACGCCUCCGCACGUGGUUCGGGAGAUGCUUCGGCUGGCUCGGGCCGGGCCUGACGACGUGGUUUGUGACCUGGGGUGCGGCGACGGGAGAUUGCUGGUCGAAGCCGCUCUGAGGCAUGGCUCGAGAGGGUUCGGCGUGGAGCUGAACGAGGAAUUACUACGGGCAGCUGAAGAAAACAUUCGGCGGCACGGAUUGGCGGACCGGAUUACGGUUUCGUGCCAGAGAUCCCAGGAGGAAACCCUGUCAUUUCGUAAACUAUGCCUUGCAGGACGCGCUGAAGGUGGACCUUCACGAAGCAACGGUGGUAACCCUGUACCUGAGCGAAUUUGGUAACCAGCAGCUGGUGCCUCGCCUGCAGUCGCAGCUGCCCCCUCACAGCCGCGUGGUGUCCUUCUGCUGGAAGUUUCCUGAGAAGUUUCGGCCAGUGGAGGAGAGGAGAAUAGACGGCAUUCCACUAUACCUUUACAAUUUCCCCUACGAGACGAGGUGGUAGGGUUAUACGCAAGUUAGGAGAGGGGUUGUGGUGUGGUGACGUGUGAAGAGAGGUUUUGUCCGGUGGAGGAGAGAUGAAUGGACGCACAGGCUAUUCCUGCAUAACUUCCCCUAAAAGGGGUGGUGAUACUAGGUGGAUGCAGUUAUGCAUGUCAGCUGUGUGGGUGUGAAUGGCGGCCAGGAGGCAGGGAUUCCUGGACCCAACAGCAGCACGAGCAACAGCAGCACGAGCAACAGCAGCACGAGCAACAGCAGCACGAGCAACAGCAGCACGAGGAACAGCAGCAAGAGCAACAGCAGCACGAGCAACAGCAGCAAGAGCAACAGCAGCAAGAGCAACAGCAGCACGAGCAACAGCAGCACGAGCAACAGCAGCACGAGCAACAGCAGCACGAGCAACAGCAGCACGAGCAACAGCAGCACGAGCAACAGCAGCACGAGCAACAGCAGCACGAGGAACAGCAGCAAGAGCAACAGCAGCACGAGCAACAGCAGCAAGAGCAACAGCAGCAAGAGCAACAGCAGCACGAGCAACAGCAGCACGAGCAACAGCAGCACGAGCAACAGCAGCACGAGCAACAGCAGCACGAGCAACAGCAGCACGAGCAACAGCAGCACGAGCAACAGCAGCACGAGCAACAGCAGCACGAGCAACAGCAGCACGAGCAACAGCAGCACGAGCAACAGCAGCACGAGCAACAGCAGCAAGAGCAACAGCAGCACGAGCAACAGCAUCACGAGCAACAGCAGCACGAGCAACAGCAGCACGAGCAACAGCUGCACGAGCAACAGCGGCACGAGCAACAGCGGCACGAGCAACAGCAGCACGAGCAACAGCAGCACGAGCAACAGCAGCACAAGGAACAGCAGCAGGAGCAACAGCAGCAAGAGCAACAGCAGCACGAGCAACAGCAGCACGAGGAACAGCAGCAAGAGCAACAGCAGCACGAGCAACAGCAGCACGAGCAACAGCAGCACGAGCAACAGCAGCACGAGCAGCAGAAGCACGAGCAACAGCAGCACGAGCAACAGCAGCACGAGCAACAGCAGCACGAGCAACAGCAGCACGAGCAACAGCAGCACGAGCAACAGCAGCACGAGCAACAGAAGCAAGAGCAACAGCAGCAAGAGCAACAGCAUCACGAGCAACAGCAGCAAGAGCAACAGCAGCACGAGCAACAGCAGCACGAGCAACAGCAGCACGAGCAACAGCAGCACGAGCAACAGAAGCAAGAGCAACAGCAGCAAGAGCAACAGCAUCACGAGCAACAGCAGUAAGAGCAACAGCAGCACGAGCAACAGCAGUAAGAGCAACAGCAGCAAGACGGGUGGUAGCUGUAGAAGCUAGUGCUUUUGAGUCGACUCAAGAGCACAUUACUACCUACUUUUGAGGGAUGUCAAACAUAUAUUGUAUGUUUUUGUAGACUAUAUUGGAUUGUG